CCCGCAGACUCACAGCAAGGACCCAAGGAGGGCUGCCCGGCCCACCGCCUGAAGGACCCCGCUUCGGCCGCACAGGCUGCCUAUCACGCUGCCUGGUGGUCGGGCACAGCGGCACGAGGACCAGGAGUAAGAUGACUUCUAUCUUGCGAAGCCCUCAGGCUCUCCAGCUCACUCUGGCCCUGAUCAAGCCUGAUGCAGUUGCUCACCCACUGAUUCUGGAGGCUGUUCAUCAGCAGAUUCUGAGCAACAAGUUCCUUAUUGUACGAAUGAGAGAACUUCUGUGGAGAAAAGAAGAUUGCCAGAAGUUUUACCAAGAACAUGAAGGGCGUUUUUUCUAUCAGCGGCUGGUGGAGUUCAUGGCCAGUGGGCCAAUCCGAGCCUACAUCCUCGCCCGCAAGGAUGCCAUCCAGUUCUGGAGGACACUGAUGGGACCCACCAGAGUGUUUCAAGCACGCCACGUGGCCCCGGAUUCAAUUCGUGGGAGUUUCGGCCUCACCGACACCCGCAACACGACCCAUGGCUCUGACUCUGUGGUUUCAGCCAGUAGAGAGAUUGCAGCCUUCUUCCCUGACUUCAGUGAACAGCGCUGCUAGCUGUUGACCUUGCUGCUGCUUUCAGGAAGACAAUGGAAACAGCCAGAAGAGAAGCUCCUCAGACUCCCGCGACCACACUGAGCACCUACCUGCAUCUGUGCUCACUACUCUGCUUUCUUCUUGUUAGGAUGAACCAUGGAUAAACCUUCCAAGCUCCUCUUUAAAGCCACCUUCUUUUUGUGCAGGAGAUCCUAUCUCCUCCCACCUACUCAAGGCAUUGCUCCAGCAGUUAUUUCCUCUCUCUCCUGUAUCAUCAGGAGAUGGAUCUUACAAACAUGCUGUAGUUCCUCUCAUUAAAAAAAAUAAAAGCAAACGUUUGUUGACACCACAUCUUCUUGCCAUUAUCCCAUUUCUCUGCUCACCUUUACAGCAAAACUCUCGAAAGAGUAGCCUAAGAUAGCAGUGACUAGUGAGUCUAGACAAAAUGGUGUAGACCUAUUUAUCUCUGCUUCUCCCUGCUAAGUACAACUAUAAACCUGAAAAUAAUUCAAGAGACAGUCAAAGAGAACUCUGAAAGGUUCUCUGAAGGAAAACAUGACUGGAGGAACAACACAGCAGCAGGGCAUCUUAAGUCUCCCCAUACAACAGAAUAAGGCGAUUCAGGCUAAGUAUUUCCCAAAUCCUAAGCCAGCAACAGAUGGCAGCCCACGUAGCCUAUUCCUCCCCACAACUGAACAAACUAAACAAAGUACAGCUGAAAACACCAGGUAAACUGACAAAGGAGAUUGAUCAGGAGCCCUAGCUAUCAAUGAACAGCCAGGGGAAGCCCUCUCCUUGCCAGCUGGGUCUGAGGCUCCCCUCCCCCAUGGAGAGAUACUAAGGUGGUGGAGUAGUACCCACAAGAGAGACAAAAACAAGUGCCCCACGUCCAACUUCGGUGACCAAGGUUAGACAUCCAGGUCAAAGUCAAAGGUAUAGUUCCACGAUCCAAGUCAAUUCCAUGUCUGAGUUCAAUGCCCAGGGCAAGUUGAAUUCCAAACCAAGGUUCCAGACUAAGAUCCAGGUCCCCCAUUCUAGGUCUAGAAUUCAGGUCCAGAUCAACAUUCCAGGUCCAAGGUCAUGUCCUGAUGUAGGUGUGAUGUCUAAGUCUGAGGUCCUAACAUGAGGUCAAAGUCUGAGGUUAGAGGUUGAACUCCAAGUAAGAGGUCCAAGGUCUGGGUCCAUCACCAAGGACCAGGUCUAAGGUCAGGUCCAGUGUUACAGACAAAUAGAGUUCCACAGUUGAGAUUUGAUGUUCAAGUCCAAGGUCCACUUCUAUGUCCAAGAUCACAGACCAGGGAUGUUGUGCGAACAACCAGUAACAACAAUAUGUUCAGAAUUGUUUGAAACUUAUAUUUACAUUUUUUAACAAAGUUUCGGUUGUAUGAAAGACCAUUCCUUGAUAGAGUGACCAACUCAUUUUAGUUACCCUGGGACUUUCCUGGUUUUACACUGCAAGUCCCAUAUCCUGGGAAACCCCUUAGUCCUAAAAAGCAGAAUGGUUGGGCACUUUACUCCUUGGUGUCGCAUGAAGACUUGAAAACUGGGUUGAAAGUUUCUGCUUAACAAACCAUAAAUAAAAGCCAUCAAAAAUGAAA